AUGACAUCGAAUAUUGCAGAGAGUAUAAAUAUUGCACUAGUAUUAGCUAGAGAGUUGUCAAUCUUUGAAAUUUUGGAGCAAGUUAAACUUAGAUGGAACCAUAAUUAUAAAAAGGAAGCCACCGGGAUUUUUACGCCAUUGAUUGAAAAGUAUCAGGAUAUACUCAUAGAGAAUAAAGCUAUGUGCACAAGAAUGAUGGUUGUACAAUCGACUGAAUAUGUGCACAAUGUGAAUGAUGACGGCAGAAAUUUUAUAGUGCGUCUUCGGGAAAAAAUAUGUUCUUAUGGUAGGUUCCAGUAUGAAGAAAUAUCAUGUGAACAUGCUUGGGCUGUAUUGAAAUCAAAAAACCUAACAGCAUAUGAAUAUUGCUUUGAUUUAUACAAAUCAGAAACUUUCCUAAAGAUUUAUGAGUUGCCAAUAUAUCCUUUACCAGAUAUUAAAGACUGGGUAGUACCGGAAUACAUCUUGGAUGAUGUAGUUCUGCCUCCACCUUUCAGGAUACAACCUGAUAGGCCAAGGAAGAAGACUCGCGCAAAGGGUUCAAGAGAGCUGCUCGGGAGUGUGUGA